AUGAUAAAGCUGAAGUUAAAAAUUAAUCAAAUUUUACUACUAGAAAAGCGUAUGAAAAGCAUCAUUAAAAGCCAAACAAACAUAAAACUCCCUAAUUUUAAUAUCACAAUGAAAUUACUUGAUGAUUCAAAGCAAUACUGAGAUAAUAUAAAUGGAUUAAUAUCGAAUAUAAAACAAGUAAAAAAUGAUCAGAAAUCUCUUAAAGUGAUUUUCAAGAAUUUGAAUGAUUAUAAUUUGGAGCGCUUCUAUCGAAUUAUAUACAACGAAUUCUUGGAAACUGCCUCUUCUUUUCAUAAUGCAAUUGUCCAAAAAGAAAAAGAUUUAAGCAUUCACCAUGGUAAAAUUAUUUACAGCAUCUACCGAAGUAAUAUUUAUAGCUAUACAGUCAUCAUACCUUUUGACUGUGAUUCUGAAAAGUCUGAAUACAAUAUAAUAGAUAGUGAAAAAUACACAAGAAAACCUUUGAUCGAUAUUUCUUCAUGUAUUACAGCCAUUCCAAACUCUGGAUUCUUUGUAUUUGGAAGAUAUUUUACCUCUUGAGAUAGGGGAAAAAGUUAUGCUGUCAUAAUUGAUGCAAAAUUUCAAAUGAGAAUUAUUGAAAAUUCAUCUAAUCGGAGUUAUCCUGGAUGUGUUUAUUAUCAGAAUUGUGUUUAUGUGUUUGGAGGCACUUGGAAUACAGUAAUGGGCUUAUCUAUUGUGGAGAAGUUUAACUUAGAGGCAGAUAAAUGAUUUAAAUUGUCCCCGCUUCCAAGUCCUUCUUGUUCAUGCGCAUGUGUAGCUUAUUAUAAUUCAAUAUUGGUGUCUGGAAAUAACCAUAGUAAAGUUUAUAAAUAUGAUAUUGACAUUGACGGAUACUCAGAAAUUUUAAGCGAUUUAAAUACUGGAAAUAAAGUUUUACUAUAUGGAAAUUCAAGGAUUUAUGUAAUUGAACAGCCUGGGGCAAUUUAUGAAAGUGAUGCAGAAAAUGAGUUCAAAUGGAAUAAGAUUGAUAGCUCUUUUAUGCAUGCUUCAAUAGGACAAACUUUCUGAGUCUUACACAAAAAUUCAAUAUAUUUUUCUCAAUGUCAAGGAUCAUAUGCAUUUUACUAUUAUAAAUUUAAUUUACAAACCAAAAAAUUCAAAAUUCUGAAAUCAAUUACCAUAAGAGGUGGUGAAUAG